CUGGAUGUUAGAAAUGACUUGUUGAUACGAACUUGGUGUCUAGAGGGCGACGGUGUAAAGCAUGUGGACUUAUUCUUGAAAUCUUGGAAUCUUCUGAAGUUUAAAAAGGCGUUGAAAUAUGGAAGUUGCCUCAGUAUUUUCUAGAAUUGUUUCCAUGAAAUUCGAAGAAUUGUGUAUCUAUGCGUGUGACAGAUGUGGGCGUAAUUGUUUUUGAAACUGCUGAGUUAUAUUCAUUUGGAUUAUCGGGAGUCUGUUUGUAGGCCUACAUACAAACCUGGGAAUAUGAUCUCGUGUGAUAGCAGUCGAUUUCAUGCAUUAAUUCAUGUUACUUUUUGUUUGAUGUAGUUGGUGACAUUUUAUGAAAAUGUUACAGUAAACGAGGACCAGUCAAACAGUAUUCUACACACCUAGUUAAUUUUUAACGUAGAACAUUUUUAUUCGUCUUGUAUUAUUUUAGAUGACAGUUUUGGGAGAGGGAUUUAAAAGGCUCGGGAAAUAAAUGAAUGGGUAGAUACCAUCCCAAUUCUGUGUGCCAUGUCGGACACACAAAAAGAUUUUUUUAAUGUUAUAACAGAUUGUACAAGUAAUUAUUAGAAAGGUAAUUAGGUUAAUGGGUUGGAUCUACUAAGUGAAAAAACAGCAAUAGUAAUGUUUAGUAGUAAAUAAUACAUGACGAGAAAGUGACACUGGCAGAGUAUCGCGACAAGAUUUAGUCAUAAAUUCUUCCUUCAGCAUUACCUUCGAAGCUGGUAUUUCGAAUACUGCCCUUAAACACUUUUUAGAAAUCUGGGCAGCCAACAAGUAAGGGAAUCAUGUGCUGAAGAAUUAAGCAGGAAAUUACCCACAGAUGUGUUAUCCUUGGUAGCAGAAUACAUCAUGUCUUUAAUUUCUAGCACACAAGAAACAGCAGCGGUCUCUCAGGAGAGGAUUCGCAACCCGUCCAAUGGAAGUGGGGAGCACCUGGAUACAGAGGGAGAUUCCGGGGAUGAAGACAUGGAUUUUAAUUGGGAUGAAUAUUUAGAAGGAGCAGGUGCCAGUGCAGCGCCACAUACUUCAUUUAAACAUGUUGAAAUAAGUCUUCAGAGCAGUUUCCAACCUGGCAUGAAACUGGAGGUGGCCAAUAAAAGUAGCCCUGACACCUACUGGGUGGCAACUAUCAUUACAACAUGUGGCCAACUCCUGCUUUUACGCUUCAGUGGCUAUGGAGAUGAUCGCAAAGCUGAUUUUUGGUGUGAUGUUAUGACAGCAGAUCUGCACCCUAUUGGCUGGUGUACACAGAAUAACAAAGUCCUCAUGCCACCUGAAGACAACUGUUACCUCAGAAAAGCAAUCAAGGAAAAAUACACAGACUGGACAGAAUUCCUCAUCCAGGAGCUCACAGGUUCCCGAACAGCACCUGCAAAUUUGCUUGAGGGACCUCUAAGAGGAAAGAACACAGUGGAUCUUAUUAUGUUAAAUUCACUGAUUGAGCUGCAGGAUCGCAAGAAUCCUUUCAUUUACUGGAUAGUGAGAGUCAUAGAGAAUAUUGGAGGUCGACUGCGGCUUCGUUAUACUGGAAUGGAUUGUGACUCCUAUGACAUAUGGCUGUUUUACCUAGACUGCAGGUUACGCCCUGUAGGUUGGUCUCAAGAGAACAGAUACACCAUGGAACCCCCUACAGAGAUUGCUCAUUUGAAAACAGCUUCUGAAUGGAAAGAUACCCUAGAGAAUGCACUAGAAGAAGCCACUCAGAACCCGCUGCCACUGGAGGUUUUUAAGGAUCAUGCUGAGCUCAGAAAUCAUACAUUUACAGUGGGAAUGAAGUUAGAAGUGGUUGACAGUCAAGAACCUUAUUAUAUUUGCCCAGCUACAGUAAUAAAGGUAUAUAAUCACCAUUAUUUCCAGGUGGCUAUAGAUGAAUUGGGUCAUGAGUCAACUUCAAGCUCCCUGCUCUGCCAUGCUGAUUCACCAGGAAUCCUUCCUGUAGAGUGGUGCCUUAAAAAUGGAGUCAACGUGACACCACCCAAAGGUUACCCAUGCCCAGAUUUUGAUUGGGCUGACUACUUGAAGCAGUCUGGGACAGAGGCUGCUCCUCAGAUUUGCUUUAGAAAUACAUCAUCAAGCCGGGGAUUUAGUAAAAACAUGAAGCUAGAGGCUGUCAAUCCAUUGAGUCCUGCAGACAUCUGUGUAGCCACUAUUAGUAAAGUAAAAGGAAGACUGAUGUGGCUUCAUCUUGAAGGUCUAAAGAAGCCACUUCCAGAGUACAUUGUUGAUGUGGAGUCUAUGGAUAUUUUUCCUGUAGGCUGGUGUGAAGCCAAUGGGUAUCGUCUUACUCCUCCCCAGAGAACUGUCUGCCAGAUAAAAAAAAUAGCAGUAGUGCAACCUGAAAAACAAUUGGUUACCUCAGUGCCUGUGGAGAACAUACCUCAUAAUAUCUGUCCAAGUGCAACGCUUGAUGCAGGUACUACUAAUGGAAAGUACUGCUGUUCAGAAAUCUUUGUCAACCAUCGCUGUUUCUCAGGCCCAUAUUUAAAUAAAGGACGAAUAGCAGAAUUGCCACAAUCAGUAGGGCCGGGCAAGUGUACUCUAGUACUAAAAGAGGUUCUUGGCAUGUUAAUUAAUGCAGCCUACAAGCCAGGCCGUGUUCUGAGAGAGCUGCAGCUUGUUGAAGAUCCACAAUGGAACUUUCAAGAGGAAACACUUAAAGCCAAAUAUAAAGGAAAGACUUACAGAUCAACAAUUAAGAUCGUCCGAACCUCGGACCAAGUUUCUGAUUUCUGCAGAAAAGUAUGCCUCAAGCUUCAGUGUUGUCCAAAUUUGUUCAGCCCUGCAUUAGUCACAGAUAAAUGUCCAGAGAACUGUUCUAUUCAUACAAAAACCAAAUACACAUACUACUAUGGUAAGCGGAAGAAGGUCAUCAAGCCAACUAUUGGCGUCGGCUGUGCAGAAAGUGGGUUGACAAAGCCAACCAGGCGCCGGAAAAAGCGCAAAUCGAUCUUCGUACAGAAAAAGAGAAGGUCAUCUGCUGUGGAUUACACGCUAGGAGGCUCUCCACAGGACAGUGAAGAUGAUGAUGAUCAAGAUGGUGGGGAAGAUGAAACAGCAAGUGAAGAGACAAGCUCAGAACAACGUGAAGAUCAGACCGAUACAUCUUCUGUAGAAGUCCAAACUGGGAGACCGAGAAGGGCUGCCACUUUAAGAAGGAGCAGUGAUACCAUAAGACCUACAAAUAUCGAGAGGACUAGAAGAAAAAGAACAACUCGAUCUUUGUCUUAUACUGAAGAUGUAACAUAUUAUCCAGCCAAACGCCCUACUGCUAAGAUGGAGAACCAUGAUGAAGAAGACAAACUUAUUUUGGACAGCAACCCACUAGAAUGGACCGUAACUGACGUUGUCAGGUUCAUUCAGUCAACAGAUUGUGCACCAGUUGCAAAAAUAUUUCAAGAGCAGGACAUUGAUGGCCAAGCACUGCUUCUCCUGACACUUCCGACAGUUCAAGAAUGCAUGGAUCUUAAACUUGGGCCAGCCAUUAAAUUAUGUCACCAGAUCGAGCGAGUAAAAGUUGCAUUCUAUGCUCAAUAUGCCAGCUGACUUACAGCAAGCAGCCCUGCAUUUCAAUCAGGUCAUUAUCCUUCAGCGUUCAAGACUUGCUCACAUGUAUGCUAGCAGAGAGGGACCAAGAAGAGUACGUUGUAAUGUAGCUGGUGCUGGUUUGGCCACUAAAUGUCAGAGCCCAUGGCAAAAUAACAAUUUAUUGAAGAUUUUUACAUAAAUAGUGGUGAACAUUUCUAGCUAUUGUGAUAAAAAUGCCAUUAUGGUUCAUUAUGGUAUUUUCCACCCAUAGUGUGCUCUAAUUUUUGUACAAGCUGUAAAGCAGCAAAGUAAAUUACCUAUAGGAGUUUUCUGACACUGCUGAUAAAUUUGGGCUUUUGUAUUUCAUGAAUUGCUACAUGUAAAAUAUGAGGCGGAAUGUUAUAAGUAAUCAGUGGUUGUUUCUUGUCUAUAGUUCAGUCUUAUACAGCAGCUACUAACUGAUACCUACACCUCUGAUGUCCCAGAUAACAAAGUUCUGAUAAUCUUAUUUUAACUGCAGUUUUAUUGCAGAUACAUUUUUCUUACAUUGCAGUUAAACUGCAGAUAAAAUGUUUUCUGAUCUUUUCCAGAAGUCAAAUGCUGAUAUUUUUAAAUUUUAUAAUAAAAUUUCAGCUUUAAUGUAAUUUUCAUUGUGUUUGUGAAAACAGUAAGACAGUGCCUGGAGAUGUGUGCACAGAGAAGAAAAUACAUUUAUGAAGCCAUACUCCAGACUACAAAGAACACCUUCAUGAAAUAUGCAACUCAUGUCUGAUAAAUACUGUAAAAUUGUUUAACGGCGGGUCGGGGAACAGUGCAUUUUGGAUACUCCAUAUUCAAAAACAGUAUGUACAAUAUGUCUGUUCUGAUCUCAGAACUUGACAAGUAAGGUAUGCCCUUCCCAAUCAAAAGUGUUCAUAUUUUCUUUUUGAUUUCUUAUAAUAUAUAGAACAAUGGUGAGCCAUGUAUGAAAUGAUCCAGAUAAAUAUGUUCUGGAGGAGAGAUCUACAUUACUAUCUCAAUCCCUGCUGUUUGGUACAGCUUUUUAAGUACUUUAUAGGCUAAUGGAUGUGAUCCUUUCAUGGUGGCUAAUACUUUACCAGCUCUGUUUUUAGAUAUGAUCAGAUUAUUGCCAGUACCAACAUGGAAUCCAGAAAUGUUUUUAAAUUUUUAAAGUUUAUGUAGUCAUCCUAAUUUUAAGAAGGGGGUUUACAUGCUACGUUUAAAUCGAUCAUUUUCAGACAUGCAGUAGAGCACAUGUAAGUUCCCAUCUGUCUGUCACAGAUGCCUUGGUUAAUGCAUGGAUUUAUUCCACUUUUCUUAUUUUUUUUUUGGCUGUGGUUUUGCCAUUUAAAAAAAUAAUUUUCUUAUGUAUGGCAAAACAGUUUGCCAGUUCUAUUUAUUCUGUUAUACUGUGAGCUAUUAUAUGUGUAUGUGUAUUUUGAGGUGUUAAUUUGCAGAUAUUUAAAACAUUUAAAAUGUAUUUAUGGGAGCAUAACUUAUUUUUUAAGGUCAUACUUUCUAAGGAGGCAUUUUUCCACUUAUAUGUAUAUCAUUGACAAAGAGGAGUGUAUUUUAUACUCUCUAUUAAUUAUUUACAGGAGGUAGCUGUGUAUUCUGGUUUCAAGACGAUUUUAGUUCUUGUGAUUCAAUGAGAUCAUAAUAUGACAGCUGAAAUUAUUUCUGGAUCUUUAACUUGCUCUUUUCUUGAAGGUUUGCUUUUAAAUGGCAUGUGUAAAUUGCACAAUUUAGUGAAUUUUUACUGUGACAAUUUGCAUUGAAGAUUCUUAUUUGCCUUCAGUUCUUUAUCUGAGAGAGUCUUUAAGUAAGGAGUAACUUGAUGCUUCUGGCAGUAGAAUCCAUUGUCUUUUUUACAGAUUUCAUAUUUUAUAUUUAAAUUGACUUUCAGCUUUUUAUAGCAUUGCAUUCAUCCAACUGUGAAAUGUAUUAUGAUUAACAUUUGCAAGUGAUAGCUUAAUCCACUAUGCAAAAUAUGUGAAGAUAACUAUUUUGUGAUGGGAAGUAAUACAUGAAAUGCAAGCAAUUGCAUUUUUUUUUUUGAAAAAUACAAAAUGCACAUUCCAUUUUUUUUGUGAAUGUGGUCUGUAAAGCUUCAGAAUUUUGUCAGACUCACUGUUUAUCAUCUUUUUCAUUUCAUUUAAAAAGACACACACAGGGCUUGGCAAAAGUAGUUUACACUUGUGAGUAUGGAAAAGACAUACUGGUUAUGAUUAUUACAAUAGUUUUAUUAACUCUGUAGUAAUAAUGGCUUUAAUAACUCAAUUACUGUAAACAAUAUAAUAAUUAAUAAAUAAAUAAUAAUACAAGAAUAAACUGUGUAAACCUACUUUAGCUCACCCCUAAUAUAUAUAUAUAUAUAUAUAUAUACAAGAGGUCAACAAAAAGUUUCGAGGGUUAGUUUUGUUAAAGGACAAGUAUUAGCUUUAAGUACUAGAAUAUGUUCAUGACCAUUUUCUAGCAGUUGUGGUUUAUUGCGUAUGUCUUUUUUUAGAGCUGAUGUAAAAACCACAAAAUCACAUAUUAUGAUAUCAUUGACUCUGACAUAUGAAUCAUCAAAUGAAGAAUGAAUCUUCAAAGGUUCUCUGGCAUCAUUGUCUGCAUGUGGCUAAUGUUUGGCCACAUACAACCUCCAUGUAACAUUCUGUCAAAAACUGUUUUCAGACUUAGGCUUGAAAUUUUUUUUUGUCCCUCUUGUAUUAUAUAUAUUUAUUUAUAAAGUUUUCAACAAUUAUUCUGUAUCUGACAUGAAAGUGGGCAGAAAUUUUGAAUAAAUUCUAAGAGAUCUGAAGUAAUAAAUGAAUGCACUUAACAAACAUAAAUAGCCGUUGUAUUUCAGAGCUUGAUCAUUCUUCGUAUUUAUUUGUUUUGUCAAACCAUCUCAUGCUACCAAGGCCAAUCACAUAUUAUUCAGACAUUGCAUUUCUGUGAAGUUUACUCAUUUCUACCUGUCCAUCUGUACAUAUAUUUUUGUGCAAAUACGCAGACUAUUCAGAGUUCUAUUUUAAAUGUUUCCUAAAUUUAAAGAAGCUCAUUUUUACAUGUUGAAUAGCAAAGCACAUUGAGAAAAUAAAAAAAAAUGAACUAAA